UUUAAAUGUCGCGCAAGGAUCUCUGGGAUCACUUUUGAGCUACGACUCGAAAGAAUCGAACCGGUGGCUCAAAAGAAUCGGACUGGCGCUCGAUUCGCUCAAAUAAAUCGCGCUUCCCAAUGAAGCUCCUCAGUCAUUUCUCCGUACUUAUCAGUGAAAUGUCUUCGGCAAACGGCCGUUUCCAUCGAUAAAGUCCCCAGUUAUGGAGUUUGAGACGAAAAUCUACCCCAAGAUCGGUGGAUACGGGCGGUACAACCGGAUCGUAACUCUUUUCAGCUGGUUCCCGAACUUUGCGGUGUCGUUGAAUCUUUUCAGCGAUGUUUUCUUCACGCUCGUCCCAGAGUCUUACCACUGCAAACCGGAUCUAACGUUACUGCCGUCGCCUGGUGUUUUCGGUAACCUCUCCAGACAAGAGUACCUCAACCUCACCAUCCCGUGGGUGAAGGGAUCCGGGUUCAGCCGCUGUGAGCUCUACAAGUACCCGGCGAAUGUGAGCAACCAGACGGGUAACCUGCUGAGAGAAGCCGUGCGGUGCACUGGAGGGUACGAGUACAGCAAACCCUCAGGCCUUCAGAAUAACCUAGUGACUGAGUGGAACUUGGUGUGCGACGACUACUGGAAAAUCCCACUCCAUCAUAUUUGUUUCAUGACAGGCUGGAUUCUGGGUUAUAUUCUCUUCGGCACUGUUUGUGACUGGUUGGGUCGCCGGCCGUCUCUUCUGCUGUCAGUGGUUUCGUCUGGUCUACUGGGAGUAAUGGUUUGUCUUUCAAACAGCCCGUCUGCUAUUCCUCUUCUCCGUCUCUGUCAAGGCCUAACAUUAGCUGGAGUGUUUUUGGCCUCCUAUAUUGCACGUCUGGAGUGGUGUGACCCGUCUCACAGGCUGAUGGUUUCUAUGGUCAGUGGCUUCUUCGCUGUGUUCGCCGAGCUUGUGUUGCCAGGACUGGCCGUUCUUUGCCGCGAUUGGCCGGUGCUUCAAGCUGUCGCCACGCUGCCCCUGUUACUGCUGCUUUCCUAUUGGUGUUGUGCUUCAGUGUUUCCAGAAUCGCCUCGUUGGCUUUUGGCCACAUCUCAAAUCUAUCAGGCAAAAAUAUGUCUUCAGUCUUUCUCGACACGAAAUGGUGUGUGUGUGAGAGAUGAGCUGUUCCCUGCUGAAACACUGCUGUCAGAGAUGGAUGAGAUGUUCGGUGAAGACGUUCAGCCAAAGUUUCAUAAUGUUUUGGAGAUGCGUCACACCAGAGUCAUGUGGAGGAACUGCCUUAUCUUGGGAUUUACUCUUUUCAUUGGCACGGGAAUCCAGUACUGCUUCACACGUAACUUGCACAUCUACUCGCCUCACUUCUACUUCAGUUAUUUUCUGCGUGUGUUGACCGGAGCGCUGGCCUGCAUCUUUCUCUGCAUGACUGUGGACCGUUUCGGUCGCAGAGGGAUCCUGCUGCUGUCCGCCAUCCUCACCGGUCUGUCCUCACUGCUACUGCUGGCUCUCACACAAUAUUUGCGUGGGGGGCUGGUUCUGGUUCUGUCUGUAGUCGGUCUUCUCUCGUCUCAAGCUUUGGCCAUGCUCAGUGUGUUCUUUGGCAGUGAAGUCAUGCCCACUGUUGUGCGUGGUGGUUCGUUGGGUCUGAUCAUGGCCGCGGGCUGCGUCGGGAUGGCCGCAUCCUCUCUGAUGGAGCUGCAGAAUAACGGCGGCUAUUUCCUACACCACGUGGUCUUCGCUUCCUUUGCCGUCCUGUCCGUCCUCUGCAUCAUGCUGCUCCCGGAGAGCAAACACAAAGCCCUGCCGGACUCCCUUAAAGAUGGAGAGCGUCAGCGGCGUCCUCCCCUCUUUCUCCCACGCAUCGACAGGGACAACCCGCCACUGCUGCGCACGCAUCCGCACGCUUGCGAAUACAACCGGGAUAGCUACUCCCGUCUGGUGAGCGCUACCAAGAAGAUGCUCGCAAAAGACACGCUUCCAUACAAGAUCUCCGUGUCAUCGCAAGCUCCUCUGCUGCCCAGCAAUAGAACAUCUCAGGAGACCCAGAAUGACUCGUCCUAGCGUUUCACCUUUGUGUUUGAAGAUGAGGAAAGCACCUGUGUGUCCACACACUUCAUCUCAUACACUAGCCGUGUCGGUCACAGUCUCUUCAAUGGGAAGAGGUCUCGGUGCUAUUUCAUUAAACUGUAGAGUAUGACCGUUUGGAUGAAGAAUGUUCUCAGCUUUAUCAUGUGUUCAGUUUUCUGUAACUUUGUAUGUUCGUUUUGUACUUUUUUCCUAAAAUGAGGGACAAUCUAAAAGUAUUUUGCACCGACGUUGUUCUCAGACUUUAUACGCUUGAUGUCUUAUCACAUGUUGUAUCUGGAAGUGUAAGCAUGAGGAUCAUAACCACUGAUAGUCAGCGAUAGGUCACCUAAAAAUAACUUCCGUCAUCAUUUAUUCAACCUCAUGUCAUUCAAAACCUGUAUAAAUCUCUUCUGUGGAACACAAGAUAUUUUGAGAAAUGUUACAGUGGUUUUACGUCUGCACAUUGUUUGGUUACCAGCGUUCUUUAAAAUAUCUUCUUCUGCAGAAGACAGAAAGCCGUACAGAUUUGAAAUGACAUGGGGUGAGUAAAUGAUGAAAUGCAUAUUAUUUUUGGGUGAACUAUCCCUUUAAGGUCGUCCCAUGCCUCUUGUGACUAACAGAGGUACAAGUGUUCUUCUUAAAAAACACAUCGACCUGGCUCACUGGUGACUGACUGAAGAGUGCUCAAACUCCACACUAUAUCACAGUUCUCAGAAGCGCUCGAUGACGUCUGAAUCACUUGUGAAAAAUCUAAACGUGUUUUGGUUACUCAGUUAUUUGUUGUUGUGGAAUGAUGUCAUCUCAUUUGCUUUCUCAUUCCUGUAUCAUUUCAAUGUGAAGUUUUCACAUGUGAAGUAUGUGCCAAACAAAACUGCAACGGAGCCAAAUCUGGCAAAGCAACAAGGGAAGUCUUUGUCAUUUUUUUUACUUCUUUACGUGUUUAAAUUGGAAAUAAACCAUGAAUUGUGCCAAGCUAAAGUAAUAUUCUUUGUC